UUUUUUAUUAUUAUACAACAAUGUGAGAGAUUAGAUCCUUUUAUUAUAUCAUUUAUAGCGUUACUUCAUGGAGUUUUGGGUUAUUUCCAGUCACAGAAUCCUGUAUUAUCGGCCACCUGUCAAAAGAUUAAUGCACGUGUUUUUUCCAUUUCGUCAUAUUUUGGUGUUUUUGUGAGUGAAAAUGCCGGAUUCUAGCGACGAUGAGUCCCAGGCGCCCUCAGGUCCCGUCGAGAACGCUUGGGCGAUGAAAAUCCCGGAGUUUAAGCCCGAGGAUAACCCCCAUGGUCUCCUGGAGGAGAGUUCAUUCGCGACGCUUUUUCCCCAAUACCGGGAGCAGUAUUUGCGCCAAGUGUGGCCCCUCGUGCAAAAGACUUUAAAAGAGCACCACAUCAAUGCAGAAUUGGACGUGGUUGAGGGAAGCAUGACUGUGAGAACGACGCGUAAAACUUGGGACCCUUAUAUCAUAAUCAAAGCUCGAGACAUGAUCAAAUUAAUGUCCCGGAGUGUUCCUUUUGAGCAAGCCAAGCGGGUGUUGAAUGACGACGUCGGUUGUGAUAUCAUUAAAAUAGGGAAAAUUACAAGGAAUAAAGAGAAGUUUGUUAAGAGAAGACAGAGGCUAAUUGGGCCGAACGGUUGUACGUUGAAAUCAAUUGAAUUGCUGACUAAUUGUUAUGUGUUGGUGCAAGGACAGACAGUGUCGGCUUUGGGGCCUUAUAAGGGGUUACAGCAAGUCAGGAAGAUUGUGGAAGAUACCAUGAAAAACAUGCAUCCUAUUUAUAACAUCAAAGCUCUGAUGAUCAAGAAAGAAUUAGCGAAGGAUCCCAAGCUCAAGAACGAGAACUGGGACCGAUUUUUACCCAGAUUUGUUAAUAAAAAUAUCAGUAAGCGGAAACAACCGAAAAAGAAGAAGGAGAAGAAACCGUACACGCCCUUCCCGCCCCCACAAACUGAAAGCAAGAUCGAUAAGGAGCUAGCUUCUGGCGAAUACUUCCUCAACAAGGAGCAAAAACGGCAAAAGAAACAGAAAGAGAAGAAUGAAAAACACGCUGCGGCUGCGAAGAAACGUGAGGAGAAAAGAAACGAAGCGUUUGUCCCACCUGAGGAGCCCUCAACCUCGAAGCAAUCACCGAAUGUUAACACGAAAGUUGAUAUAGCGUCACUUAAAGAAAAAAUCAUGAAGGCGCGCAAAGGUGCAAAAAUGUUUAAUAAACCUGUAAAAUAACAA